GUGGGAAUCGUCAGGCAAUCACAAAUUACGAUAACUCUCUGUCUCACCCAAAUUUUAAUAGCACAGAAACAAAAAGGAGGGAGGGGUUGGAGCCACCCACAACUCUAACCUUGUCUCUCUGUUUACCUCGCUCUAUCACUGAAACUAAUUAGGGUUCUUGCAGUCCAGAUAAAGAUACAGAGAGAAUCAGAGAAGCCCUAAUAAUCAUUCAGAAUAAAGAUGAGCAACCAAGUGGGUGUCCGGAGGACCAGUCUGAGCCAGAAACGGGGUCCCUCCGCUGCGAUUAAGAAAUCGGUCCCUCCCGAAAAUGGAACCUCUAAUGGCACCACCAGCAAACCCUCGUCUCCUCCUCACCCCCUUUCGUCUGGUGGUGGGGAAAGGACGGUGAAGAAGCUAAGGUUGUCAAAAGCCCUAACUAUUCCGGAGGGGACUACAGUAUCCGAUGCAUGUCGGAGGAUGGCGGCUCGCCGUGUGGAUGCUGUGCUCUUAACUGAUGCAAAUGCGUUGCUUUCAGGAAUUGUGACAGACAAGGACAUUUCGGCUAGAGUCAUUGCGGAGGGGUUGAGACCGGAGCAAACAAUUGUAUCAAAGAUCAUGACGCGGAAUCCUAUUUUUGUUAACUCUGAUUCAUUAGCCCUUGAAGCUCUCCAGAAGAUGGUCCAAGGUAAAUUCAGGCACCUCCCUGUUGUAGAGAAUGGAGAAGUUAUUGCCUUAUUAGAUAUCACCAAAUGUCUCUAUGACGCUAUAUCAAGAAUGGAGAAGGCAGCGGAGCAGGGGAGUGCCAUUGCUGCUGCAGUUGAAGGAGUGGAGCGCCAGUGGGGAGCCAAUUUAUCUGCUCCAUAUGCUUUUCUGGAAACUCUGAGGGAGCGAAUGUUCAAGCCUUCCCUAGCAACCAUCAUUGGUGAAAAUACGAAGGUUGCAAUUGUUUCCCCAUCAGAUCCUGUCUAUGUUGCAGCAAAAAGGAUGCGGGAGUUUCGGAUGAAUUCAGCUAUAAUUGUUACAGGGAGCAAGAUUCAGGGGAUACUAACUUCAAAGGAUAUCCUUAUGCGAGUUGUGGCACAAAAUCUCUCUCCUGAGUUGACUCUGGUGGAAAAGGUAAUGACGCCAAACCCUGAGUGUGCCACGCUAGAGACAACAAUCCUUGAUGCACUGCAUAUAAUGCAUGAAGGGAAGUUCUUACAUCUUCCUGUCUUAGACAGAGAUGGAAGUGUUGCUGCUUGUGUGGAUGUUCUGCAGAUAACUCAUGCAGCUAUUUCAAUGGUUGAAAGUAGCUCAGGAACUGCUAACACUAUGGCAAACACAAUGAUGCAAAAAUUCUGGGAUUCAGCACUUGCUUUGGAGCCACCUGAUGAUUGUGAUACUCAAAGUGAAUUGUCUGCACUAAUGGCUUCUGAUGGGACAGAUGGAAAGUUCCCUUAUCCUUCUCUUGGUCUUGGAAAUUCAUUUGCGUUCAAGUUUGAAGAUAUCAGGGGUCGAAUGCAUCGGAUCAAUUGUGGCAUGGAAAAUUUAGAUGAGCUGUUAUCUGCUGUCAUGCAAAGGAUUGGUGCUGCUAAUGAUCAUGAUCGUCCUCAUAUAUUGUUUGAAGAUGAUGAAGGUGAUAGAGUUCUACUUGCAACUGAUGAUGAUCUUGUUAGUGCAGUCAGCCAUGCACGAGGAGCGGGACUGAAGGUUCUAAGGUUGCAUCUGGACUUCUCUGAUUCUGGCCACAGAACCAUAUCGCAGUCAGGUACAACAACGGCCCAGGAAACGGGAUGGACGUCUCUCCACACUGGAGUUUUGGCAAGUGCUGCUGUUUUAACCAGCAUUGGGGUGUUGGUCUACUUAAAGCGCACUAACCUGUAAUGUUAUCCUGAUUGUUCAAAGGAAGCACAUGCUAGGAUCAAUCAGAAAAAGGUUACUCAAGAGCCAUACCCUGCCCUUCCAUGCCAACCCUAGUAGAUUAUCUCAUUGGCAGAGGUUUAAUGAAACUGAACGUAUUGGAUUCAGAUCACCACCAGCAGCAACUAGUGUUCCGUAACAGAAACGGAAAGUAAUAUAUUGUAGCUUACACAGAGCUGCAAGAAGGUGAUGAUUGGUCCACUGUUACAUUCUUUUUGUUUCUGAUAUUACUGUGGAAGGGAUUCUUUGCAA